AGAGUCCACAAGAAUCAACGUGUCUAAACCUCAACGUUACUGGAAGAAAAAGGUUCCAUUUUUUUCUCACCACAUGCAAUUCAGAAAUUAUAUUUAUUCGACCGUUUAAUCGCUCAUUCACAUUAAUUUGUGAAGCAACACACUUUCGAUUUUUCCCUCUCUGAAUGUAGUUAUAGAAAUAGAAAAAGGGUUGAGUGAGUGCUUUGUUUUGCGUUAUGGGUGAACCAUCGGCAUGUCUCGUUCGAUCCUUCUCCAGUCCCGCCGACACUCGUUACGAGGGUAAUCCUGUCCGUGCGCUUGGAGAAUCUAUCUCUUUUGGGAGGUUUAUGACAGAAAACUUGGAUUGGGAGAAAUGGUCAACAUUCACUCACAAUCGUUAUGUUGAAGAAGCUGAGAGAUAUUCCAAGCCGGGUUCUGUGGCCGCGAAGAAAGCCUACUUUGAGGCUCAUUACAAGAGAAAGGCUGCGGAGAGAGCAGCUGCAUUGGUCCAAGAAGCAAAUGCAAAUCCUCAGGCUGAUGGAACUCUUGAGUUGGAAGCUCAGCAAAGAAACUAUGCUGAUUCAUCCUCUGAAACGAGUUCAAAUGUGCAAAACGUUGUUGCCGCCAAUGAACAGCCGAAUGAAGAAACUUUUAAUUACCAAGUUGUUGAAUGUGCUGAUGGGGACCAGCGAGAAUGUGAUGCCGGACAAAGUGAUCUAGAUAUUUCCAACGUAGAAGGAGUAGUGGACGUGGCACAUGCCCUCGUCAAUACAAAUAUUAAUUUGGGAAGUUUCACAUCCAUCGGUAAUUCGAACCAGUUUGAUCAUGUUGAAGGCAAUACAAAUACUGGCCCUGUGGAAGAGAAGAUGCCUGAUCAUGGCACGGCUGGUCCCAAUGUAUCUACCAAAAAACGACAAGCAAAUUCUUCUCCAGAAUUAUCUACCAAAACUGUGUCUUCCAAAUGUUUUCCUCUUGAUGAAAAGAAGGCUGGUGCUGCUGCUGUGUCAUCCAGAAGUGGAAUAAAGAGUGGUCCGAAAGGCAAGAAAUCUGUUGGAGACUUAGUUGAGAAGAAUAAACUAACUGCGCAGUCAGUCCACUCGUCAAUCAAUCUUCCAUCUCGUACUGGUGAAACACGCAAAAGAGCUGCUGCAGCUACGCAGUCCAGAAAUGGUUUAAACACUUUUUCGACCAAUAAGAAGUCUGUUGGAGGCAUGGUUGAGAAGAAACGAGUAGGUACACCAUUACUCAAAAUGUCAAUCAAUCUCCCAUCGGGUGCUGUUAUGUCAAGCAACACAGAUACUGCAGCUACUAAACCCAGAAAUGGAACAAACUUUGUUGCGAAAGUUAUGAAAUCUGUCGGAAACUCGGUGGCAAAGAGACCAACCUCAAGGUCACUCCACAUGUCAAUCAAUCUGCCUUCUGGUGCAGCUGAAACAAGUAAAACAGCUUCAGUGUUUGGCCAGAACAUAAUUAAAAAAGUUCGUUCUAAUUUGCCCAAACAUAAUCCAGUGGCGUUGCGGGCAUCGACUGAGGCAUCUCGUGGUUUGCAAGAUCAAGGUUCUGCCAAUCUCCUUUCUCAGAGUGGAAGCUGCCUGAAAUCUUCAAGCACCAACAAAAGCAAUCUUCAAUCAGCUACCAUAUCUUUGCCUUUUAAAUUCAGAAGUGAAGAAAGAGCAGUUAAACGUAGAGAGUUCUUGCAGAGGAUUGAUGAAACUAAAUCCAAGGAAGAAGAGAAAAUGAAGUUGCAAAGGACUCUCAAGGGUAAAACAGUGCUUGGUCACAAGAAGCUAGGGCAGAACAGUGGUUCUCUAUCCAAACUAAAUGAGGACAAGGUUGGUGGAUCGCAUUCACCAAGUACUCAUAUUAGAAAGACCUCACCUACACUGUCCCGGUCACCAAAACUUGUGAGGAAAGCAAGUUCUAGUUCUAGCACAGUUCACGACAAAAGCUUAGGAAAUUCAUCGAAGCCACCUAUCAGCACAAAUAAUUCCAAACGUACUACUGAAAAAAUUAAUCGAACUACAAGACCGAUAAAUUCAUUAUCUUGUACCACAAGAGAAAAUGCUUCACCAAACAUUCAGCAUUAGCAAGAAAAAACUGAAACAAACCAUUUGUAUUCUUUCAGCCUCAUGUUCAUAUUGUUAAUCAGCGAUUCUAGUUUACUUGUAAUUAGGAGAGAUCAUGUCCCGAUGUGUUUUCACAUUUCGAUGGAAAAUUUUGUAGUUUUUUUUUUUUCCUUUUGUAGUCCUCAUUAAAUUUUGACAUUGGAGAUAACCAAGUUUGUGAAAUAGGUUUAGGCUAUACAUCAAGGUAAAUAAUAGCACAUGUAUUACCUUUA